UACAUAGAAAACAUAUGGGCGAAAACUCUUGUAUAUAAAGGACUUGUGAAGAGAUCCGAUUCACAACACUUCGACACGCCAACCCUGGAAGACCUGUCUUAUUGUACACCACCAAGUUCAGCCAGCCCGAGUAACAACAAUGGAUUCCUUUAAAAUCGCUUUGAUCCUUGUAGCCAUGGUCGUUGUGGCAUACGCCGAAGAAGCUUCCAACGUGGACUUGGACGUCUCGGAGUCGAAGAAGCGGGGCUAUGGCGGCUAUGGAGGUUAUAGCGGUGGAUACAGCAGUGGAUACGGCCAAGGCAGAUAUGCCCAAUCGUAUUACCAACCGGCCAGUUAUGGAGGUUAUAGCAGCGGAUACGGACACGGUGGAUACGGUCAAUCUGGAUACCGCCAAACAUACCAACCAUCGUAUCAACCAUCUUACCAACCAACUUAUCAACCAUCUUACCAGCCAUCUUACCAACCAGCAUACCCAUCAUACCACCAGCCAUCCUACGUACCAGCCUACCAGCCAUCUUACCAACCAGCCUACCAGCCAUCUUACCAACCAGCCUACCAAGUCUCCUACCAACCAGCCUACCAACAAUCUUAUCAACCAUCCUACCAUCAGUCAACAUCCUACGGAUCCUCCUCUCACUACGGAUACUAGGCCAUUGUCGUCAACAAAACAUAUGAUCAUUAAAGGUGUUUCUAUUUAACUAAUGCUCGUAUGUCCAACAUCUACCAUGUGAUGAGUUUCAACUUUAAAAAAUAAUAAAUACCCACAGCCAGCGUA